GUCGCCCCUCCGGCGAACCCGGCCCCGGGCGGCCAGUCGCGGCCCGGAGCUGCGGAGCUUGGCUACUCUGCCCGCUCGGACGGCGCGCCCGCUCGGCCAUGGAGCAGGGCCCCGACCCCGAGGAGGCGCGCACGGUGCGCGAGGCGCUGGGCCGCUACGAGGCGGCGCUGGAGGGCGCGGUGCGCGCGCUGCACGAGGACAUGCAGGGGCUGCAGCGCGGCGUGGAGCGGCGCGUGGCGGAGGCUCUGCGCCUGGCCGGCCCGCUGGCGCGCACGGUGGCCGAGCUGCAGCGCGACAACCAGCGGCUGCAGGCGCAGCUCGAGCGCUUGACGCGGCAGGUGGAGGCGCUGGGCUUGGCGACCGGGCCGUCCCCCGCGCCCGGAACGCCCGGCUCGCCCGGCUCGCCCAGCCCCCCGCCCGCGCCCGGCGUCCCCAGCCGCGCGCCCCGCCUGGGCACCGCGCGCUUCGCCAGCCACGCCACCUUCUCGCUGUCCGGCCGCGGCCAGAGCGUGGAUCACCAGGACGAAGCCAGCGAGGUGGACACAAGAAAGGCCUCAGACUCGUGCAUCGUUGAGAACGGGCACCAGCCUGGGACAGGUCUGGGCGAUGGGUCCCCAGAAGCCGCUGGAACCUUACCAGCACCAGAGCCCCCCAGGCCUCGCCCCGUGAGCCUUUCCCUGCAGCUGCCUCACCAGCCGGUCACGGCCGUCACUCGGGUUUCGGAGAGGUUUUCAGGGGAGACCUCGGCCGCGGCUCUCUCGCCCACGUCUGCCGCCAUCCUGGGGGGCCCCAGCCCGAGCCCCAGUGAGGCCACCGCACCCCGGACUCCAGGUCCCAGCGAGAAGAGUCCUUCCGCCCCGAGGUUGAGCUCUGGCUAUGGGGCAGCAUCGGCCGGCAGGAGCGACAGCCCACCCCUGGUGACGCCUCGGUCUCCACCGGCCACCGCCCAGGCCCGGCGCCGGGAGCUGGUCAGGUCGCAGACGCUGCCCCGCACGUCUGGGGCGCAGGCCCGGAAGGCCUUGUUUGAGAAGUGGGAGCGCGACACCGCGGGCAAGGGGAAGGGCGAGGUGCGGGCCAAGCUGAAACGGUCGCAGAGCUUCGGUGUGGCCAGUGCCAGCAGCAUCAAGCAGCUCCUGCUGGAGUGGUGCCGGCAGAAGACCCUUGGCUACCAGCACGUAGACCUGCAGAACUUCUCGUCCAGCUGGAGCGACGGCAUGGCCUUCUGCGCCCUGGUGCACUCAUUCUUUCCCGACGCCUUCGACUACAGCGCCCUGAGCCCCGCGCAGAGGCAGAAGAACUUCGAGCUGGCCUUCACCAUGGCCGAGAAUCUGGCCAACUGUGAGCGCCUCAUCGAGGUGGAGGAUAUGAUGGUGAUGGGCCGCAAGCCGGACCCCAUGUGUGUCUUCACCUACGUCCAGUCUCUGUACAACCACCUGCGUCGCUUUGAAUGAAGCCCGUGGGGGCUGGGUGGCCAGGGCGCAGGCCUGGGAGGCACUGUGGGGCGGCCCCACGGGAGUCGCGUGCGUUCUGGUGUGAGCGCGCCCUGCCCCGCUGUGUCGCUGAUGCGCCCCCCGCGCGCAGGGGCUCCGAGGAGGAGGGAGCGCGCUCGGUGCUGCGUGAUUAUCUCCCUGCAAAUAAAAGGCUUGCCUGUGGAUUCUGGAAUGUGAGAUCCCUUUUCCCUCGGGCGAAUUUGAUACAUUGGCUUCACCGGGUUACAUUGGUUACCAAGUGUGUGUGCUCAAAAUACCCAGAGUUUUGUUUUUUUUUUUUUUUACUUUCUCACUGUAUCUUGGGUUCCCUUCCGCCGUCCCUGGGGCCUCUGCCGGGAAGCAGGGAGGACGCCCCAGUCCAGCCUGACGCGGAACUGUUCAGUCUCCCCCAGGUCCUGGGCGGCAGAUGACCUUCAAGUUACCCUGGCUGGCUGGGCGGUGGGAAGGCCGUCACCUGGUCCCCAAAGCUCCCUGUCUCGGGAAGUUAACGCUUUGGGGGAGGACGAGGCCCUUUGUGCAUAGAGGUAGUUUUUAUUCACAUCUUUUUUUAGGGGAUUUGCUGGAGAUAUUUAUGAAAAGUAACUAUGUACCAUUGGCCGUUUGUACAUAAAAAGAUGUGUCAAACUUC